CUGCACGGCUCCGUGACACCAAGGCCUCUCAGCUUGCAGCGUGGGCUUAAGUCUGCUCUCUCAGGCAGUGUACUACAGCCACGAUUCCUUUCUAUGAUGUGACUUCUAAAAAAAUUACUCUUUAAAUUUUUUUAGGACUCCACAGGCGUUUCAUCUCACUUCACCCUUUAUUGGUAUUGCCCUUCAUUUCUUCUUUAUGACAUCGUGAACCACUUUUUGUGCCUUUUGUCUCACGGCUGUGCCAUGAUGCCGUGAGCUCCCUGCUGGUCCUCGGGCUGUUUCGGCUGUUACUCCUCAUGUGUUUGUGAGACGGCACUGCUCAUGUUGCUGCUCACACCACGUGGCUGCUGGGGCUGUCAGUGCUGCCAGCACACUGUUGCUUCACAGGGGAAGUUCUCUCUGGCAGGCCAGCAUAAUGACUUAGAAGCUGUGGCUCUUGCUAUGAUAUUUAUGUACUUUUAUUUCUCAGUACUAUUCAUGGAUCUGUAGGAAAAUCCAUGUUAGGCCCUGAACGUGUCAGCCCAGAUGCUUUUCCCUCUUGGUGUGUUCAUUAUGAGGCUGGAUAUUGGCAGGAAUCCCUGAAUUUUUUUUUUCUGUCACACACUAGCAAAACUUUUGGUAUAAAGUGCUAGCAAACAUAUGUCAUCAAAGAACUGUUCCUUUUACCCACUCAGUCCCUUUAUUUACUUGAGUCAUAAACCCAGUUUUGGGCUCUUUCUGUUCCUGUUCCAGAGCACAUCUCAUUUCUCUCCAUCAUUAGAAGCAGGUUUUUUGUUUGUGGCAGUUAGGUUUCAGUGACGCAUAUGUGGAGUAUUGUGUAGGAGGCAGACAUGAACAUUGACAGACUAUGUUUGGCAUGGACAGCUGAUUAGAAAAGAUCAGUAAAAAUAAGAAAUGCUAUGGGAUUUUCACUCUCUCUUGGGAAGUUGUAUCCAGUGGUCAGAAGGCUCUGUCUAUCUGAUGUGCAAAAAGUACAUCUGUGUCUCACUCUGUGAGGACUGCAAUCUGGUGUCAGGACUGGCAUUUGAGCUCCAGUGAUGGUGUAGGAUGUGUGAUGUGCCUUUGGGCUAGGAAUCUGGGAGAUGACACUUUGAGAAUUUCAGAUGACGUUUUCCAGGGGAAGAAGUGUUGCUGCCACUACCAGUCAGCAGUUCUGGUCCUAUUACUGCUCCAGCAGGCAGCGAGGGCUCGUUUGCUGCGAAGGUUUUGGUGGCUGUCAGAACGCACGGCGUCCUGGCGGCUGAUUGAUGGCACUGCCCAGUUGCUGACCGUGAUGGAUGCGGUUCUCGCUGCGAUUGGGUGACAUUUGAUCUAGCAGUGAGUGAGCCAAAAUGCCACAGGUAAUGCUCUGAACAGACAUCCAAAAUAGAUCAACUUGUAGCUUGCAUCAAAACAUGUCGCAAAUCUGCUCGCAGGGAAUGUGGAAUUACUGUCCUGGACAAGUCAGUCAUUUUACAGUUACAAGGAAGCUUGUAAAGUGCCAUUGCAAAUGUGCUACAGAGCAGCUUGACCUUUUGGCUUAAUCUGCACAUCUUUCCUGAUCAGCGGCCGUGUGCUUUGGUGAUAGGCUGCUGCUGGCAACUGUGCAAUGCUGUUGAGAGUCACGAAAGCCCUCUGCUGUUUUUGGGAACACUAUAUUUAGUGCCUUUCCAGUCUGAUACGGUGCUUUUUUGUGUUAGCAACAUGAAAUGAUAUAAUUUUAAUUGGUAAGUUUGAAUACAAAUGGUGAAGCAGUUGGCAUUUAGGAUACGUGAGAUGAAUUGAGGUAAACACGUUUGUACCAGCUCAUCUGAAUUCAGGUGCUCACUGUUGCGGUAGUUCACUGUACUGGUUUCACAGUUAAUGGCCAGUUCUUCUGGGAGAGCCUUUUCCAUAUCCAAAAUCGUACCUGGAAACCAUCUGGAGACUCUUGGUUAUCUUAGGUUUGAUGCUCUUCCUUCCCCACAUGUCCCGGAAGACCUGCUGAGAGCGGGUUCUGGCACUGGGCUGCUCCUGUCCUGCUCCAUAUGGUGUCCUCUGCCAUGUUGGCCACAAGGGUUCAGAGGUGGAAGAGACGUGCUUGCAUUUCAGCUAGUCAGUAAGUAACAGAUGCGGGUGAAAGAUCCAUCAAGAGCUAACCCUGAGAAAACGAAGAGAAGCAAAAGGCCUAACAGGCCACAGGAUGAAGACUCUUCGGACGAUAUUGCAGUGUCAUUUUCUUUAGGCUUAACCUGCCAGCAUGUGAGCCAAGCAGUGGAUGUACAUCAUGUGAAGAGAGCAGUAGCUCAGAGCAUUUGGUCAAUAUGUUCAGAGUGUCUGAAGGAAAGGCGGAUGAGUGAUGGUGAGCCUGUGGCACCUUCAGACAUAUGGCUGUGUCUCAAGUGUGGCUCUCAGGGAUGUAGUAAGAACUCAGAAGGACAGCAUUCUCUAAAACACUUCCAAACAGCACGCACGGAACCUCAUUGCAUUGUUAUCAGUCUCAGUACAUGGAUCAUUUGGUGUUAUGAAUGUGAUGAAGAGCUGUCAACACAUUGCAACAAAAAGGCUUUGGCUCAGAUAGUUGACUUCCUUCAGAAGCAUGGUUCCAGAGCUGAACCAAGUUCAUCAAAAAUCAUACGACUCCGUGAUGAAAGCAGUGAAACAAGUGAAAUUCUGAAAGGGAAAAGUUCUGGUAAUGGUACAUCAGUUCCAGUUAAAGGAAUAAAUAAUUUAGGAAAUACGUGCUUUUUUAAUGCUGUCAUGCAGAAUUUGGCACAGACUCACAUACUAAAUGAACUGAUGUACGAGAUGAAGGAAAAAGGAACCAAGUUAAAAAUCUGUCAUACUUCAGACUCCCAGUUGGAUCCUUUGGUGGUAAACCUCUCCAGCCCAGGACCCUUGACUUCAGCGAUGUUCUUGUUCCUUCACAGCAUGAGAGAGGCUGGAAGAGGUCCUCUUUCUCCCAAAGUACUGUUCAGCCAGCUUUGUCAGAAGGCUCCUCGAUUUAAGGGAUUCCAGCAGCAGGACAGCCAAGAGCUUCUGCACUAUUUGCUGGAUGCAAUGAGGAUUGAAGAAACAAAGCGUAUACAAACUGGUAUCUUAAAAGCAUUUAAUAAUCCAACAACUAAGACAGCAGAUGAAGAAACUAGAAGAAAAGUCAAAGCAUAUGGAAGAGAGGGUGUGAAGAUGAACUUCAUAGAUAGGAUCUUUGUUGGUGAAUUGACUAGCACUGUCAUGUGUGAGGAAUGUGAAAAUAUUUCAACAGUAAAAGAACCUUUCAUUGAUCUUUCACUUCCUAUAAUAGAAGAGAGGGUUGCAAAACCUGUGCCUUUGGGAAGAACAAAUAAAAGUAGAAGUGUGCAUGAAGCAGAUCUCGGACAGUAUAGCUGUUCUUCCAUCAGUACACUGAACAAUCAGCCCAAAAUUGUCAAGAAACACGCUUCAACAAAAGAUAAGAAUCAGUUGAACCAGGAGAGAAGGCUUGCCAGAAAAGUUUCCUCUAAUGAAGAAGAAAGAAGCCCUGUUAUCAUGCAGGAAAGAACCAAAAAGCCAGAGCUGGAAGAUAGCUCCGGUGUGCUGUACUCCAGAGACACAACUGUGGAAUCUGCCAUGAAUGGGAGUCAGACAGAGGGCAGCGAGAAAGAAGCCAGCCGCUCUGAAAGCAGCUUUGAUGCAGACAGUGAAGCCUCUGAAAGUGAAAGUGCUUCUAAGCAAACAGCUUUUAGCUCAUGCAGCAACGCAUCUGCUUUGCAUGUCAACCACAUCAGUGUUAAAAUGCCACACACCAAACCAAGUGACAGUAACGAUGAGAAGAUUUCCAGUGCCAUAUCCAAACUCAGUUUCUGUGAUACUAUAAACAAGGAUGAAAAGUCAAGCUGUGGAGAUCCAGGUUUAUCAAAUAAUUCCAUGUUCUCAGCAGACAAGUCCUCAUUGCCCCCAAACCCUCAAAACGCUUUUCAGACGCUUUCCCAGAGCUAUAUAACCAGCUCCAAGGAGUGUUCUGUCCAGUCCUGCCUUUACCAGUUUACCUCUGUAGAGCUGUUAAUGGGGAACAACAAGCUUUUGUGUGAGAGCUGCACAGAAAGGAAACAGAAGUAUCAGAAGAAAUCCAACUCCUCAGAAAAGAAAAUGGAAGGUGUCUACACGAAUGCUCGGAAACAGCUACUGAUUUCUUCAGUUCCUGCUAUUCUUAUUCUCCAUCUGAAAAGAUUCCACCAGGCUGGUUUGAGUCUACGGAAAGUAAAUAGGCACGUGGAUUUCCCACUGAUUUUAGACCUAGCACCAUUUUGUUCUGCUUCUUGUAAGAACGUUACAGAUGGUGCAAGAGUGCUGUACAGCCUUUAUGGAAUAGUGGAGCACAGUGGGUCAAUGAGAGGCGGUCAUUAUGCUGCUUAUGUGAAAGUCAGAACGCCCUCCAAGAAAUUACUAGAGCAUAUUUCCUCCACAAAAAACGUUCUAGGUUUAAAAGAAGCCAUGGGAGCAUCAGCAGGCCAGUGGGUGUAUGUUAGCGACGCCCACGUUCAGGUGGUUCCAGAAUCACGAGUACUGAAUGCACAAGCAUAUCUGCUUUUUUAUGAAAGAUUACUGAUAUAAUACUCAACAGUUUGAUUUUAAAAAACUGUAAUGGUUAUUUAGUUUCUCUUAUUUAAAGCUGCAGUAGGAAGAGUACCUGUAAAUAUUGUGCCUUUAUCUUGUAGAGAAUUUACCAUACGUUGACUCUGAAAUUCAGUCAAGCUAUUACAAAUAUCUGAACGGUUCCUUUAAAAUAUGCACUUUGUCACACACUUUAAUUUUACAGUUAGAAUGUAAGAUGAUGUUCUAUCCUAGUGAGGUCAGUGGAAACUUUUGUUCUUGAUUUUAAUGAAGAUAAGCUUUCACCCAUAGUUCUAGAACAGGUGAGAAUAAAAAUGCUGAUAGUGUUAAGUGCCUGGAUUUGCUGCUGUACAGUAACAAUAUAAAGUACUUGAACUGCUUUUCAAUUGAAUCUUUAUCCUUCCCAUCCCUGGGUUGGAUGUCUGCUGUUAGGAUUUCUGCAAACAAGUACAUGUCAAAGCACGUGGCCCGCAGAUGUAGUAAUUUGGAAAGCAGCGUUUCCAGAACAGAACAACAAUAGAUGUCUCUGGGUAAUGCUGCAGUGCGCUUUCCCAGUAUGUUGUUGGAAAUAGGUUGGGAAAGUAUUAAAAUAUUGCUUCUACAGUGUGACAGUGUAGAUAGUUAACACGUGUUCAGCUGUCUCCAACAAGCGCUGGUAUAGCCGUGUACUCCUGUUUUAAUGUAAAUAUAUACCGUGGUGUGCAUGUAUAUAUUCUCUAAGAUAAAUAUAUACGUAUAUAUAUAUAUGCACACCAUAAAUCCAUCAGCAUAUAUGGUCAUUUUACCUAUUAGGAUAGGAAAGAAUUGCAGAUACUUCUGUAUUUAGUAAAUUUUCAAAUUCAUGAUUGUGACAGAUGUACAGUGUAUGACGAGCUUGUGUAUGAAUACGUGUGGGGUUUAAGUGUAACUGGGUAAUUCUGUUACUUUUGGUUCCAAACAUUAAUUUGUUUAUCUGUUCCUGAAUACUUUUCUCAUGGGAGUAAUAAACUAUAAAUUAUUUUUGCA